AAAAAAUAAAAAAAUAAAAAAAUAAAAAAAAGAGGGAAAUAUCUCCCUCCGGUUCUCUCUCUUCCCUCGCCUUCUCUCUCUCUCUGGAAUUGCCUCCGACAGAAGCUCUGAAACAGCUUCCCCAAAAGCCCUAAUCUCACAAUGCGUGUUCUUCUUCCAUAAGAAUCUAAUCCCUCUUUAUUUAUCCUUUAAUUUUUUGAUUUUUACAUUUUUUUUUUGGUGAAUUUCGAGCUCCUUUUUUCGGGUAUAAGGCGAUGGUUGAGGGGUUUCUCUGGGAGAAAUUCACAGAGCUAUGUCGUAUAGCACGCUGAGGAUUGACGAUGAUGAUUUUGUCCCUGUCCGGCAGCCGUCGAUCGAACGGCAUCGCCGCUCCAAUUCUCUGCCGUUUGUGCCGUUGCUGCUCGUCGAUGGCUUUUCCCGCAAGAGCUUCUCCUACUCCGCGCUUCCUCAGGAGCCACUCCGGCUCUCCGUUAUGAAAUUGGACGGCUCUUGCUUCGAUAUUCAAGUUGCUAUGACGGCCACGGUUUUAGAAUUGAAGCAGGCAGUUGAGGCCGUUUUCAGUCACAUGCCACAGAAGGGACCGGGAAAAAUUUCAUGGCCACACGUGUGGGGUCAUUUCUGCUUGUGCUACGGUAAUCAGAAGCUACUUGUUGAAACUGAUCAUAUCAACCAUUAUGGGAUCAAAGAUGGUGAUCAGCUGCAUUUUGUCCGGCAUGUUUCAAUCAGCUACAGCAUGACAAAGAGGCAAUCGUCAAAGAAAGGGUUCCUCGCUUUAAAACAAAACACAAUGUCAGUGUCGCGAUCAAUGAGCUUUCAAGAGGAAGGGCAGACUGACAUACAGGAAGAAGGGAAUGGCAAAGAGGUAGAACAAAACGACGAGGUAUAUUAUGAUUCUGAUGACAUCGAGAAUCCAAAGUCCCCACUCUGUGAUGACGAAGUUUCUAUUGACCACAAUGGGAGCAGGCUGCCUUUCUUAUUAGGAGAAUGGUUUCCAUACUCCAAACUGUCAGCUGUAGGAACAUCGUCUCCAAGAACUUGCGCGCCAAGCAUAGCUAGUGGCUUACUGGUUGGGUUUAGGAAGAUAUUCGGGCUUUGUUUCGAAAAACGUGAUAAACGGCACAGUCGAAGGGAUACUUGGAGAAUAGAUUAGUGCAUCUUCAAGAACGCUAUAGUGAUGGAUUUCUGUUCCUUCUGGCCUAAAUUGAUUAGAAAAUAUCAUAAAUUUACAUUUGGCCUUACACUCUACAGUCAUUUGCCCACUUUUAAAUCUGUUUUUCUACUUGUUCCUCCCAUUCGCAACACCUGAAAAUUGUAGUUGUAAAGAUCUUGGUGUCUCGGUAAGUCAAUGGACGUGAGGGAGGGUUUUUCUUUUCCGAGCUUCAUGACGAGAGAAACUUACUUGCACUAGAGAUACCACAGUGACGCAAUCUAAAAACAAUCACG